CUGCAACGGAGCAGAGUAACCAAAGAGGAACGACUUUCCGCCAAAAGAAGAACGCUGUAUCGCGGACUCUACUUCAAAGCUUUUUGCUCCUCCCCUCAUAGAUUUUACUACGGCAGCGAAGCUCUCUCGAUGACAUCCACGACCCCAGGCUCCCUAUUUGGGGUCGCUGGCGUAGGGGCCGCAACACAGCCAGGAAAUCUGUUGCAGAACAACCCAGCAAGUAUGCUUGGGAACACCACAACACAAACGCCUUCAGGCGGAUCCCUGUUUGCAAAGCAAUCGCAGACUCAACCGCAACCCACCCAGAGCUCUUUAUUUGGACAAAAUGCGACACAGCCCAGUGUAGCGCAAGCAGUGCAGUUGUCUAAUCAGACGCAACCCGCUUUCUUUAACAGCUUACUAGAGCGCGGCAAGAAGAGGCCUCUCUCUGCGAUCGGUCUGAACAGCAAUUUCGACGAGCUGCCCACAUUGCAACUGGGUCUCGAUGAUAUCCGCAAAAAGGCGCGAGAGCUUGGUACCAAAGAGUCCAACAAUAGACAACAAUAUGCAGCGAAUAGCAAGGCUCACUACAUGCUGGCUGCAUCCGGGGUCUCCCCUGGUCACGCGCUACGGGACCUCAAAGCUCUAGAUCCGCAGGCUUCUCUAUCGGUGACUCCUAAAGAGCAGGAGACGUUCGAUCCUGAUAAUCAAAAGUACCUUAGGAACCUACAGCAGCGUGGUCGUCAAGUCAUGAUAACGGAAAGUCUUGCCCGCACGCAAAGAGAUUUUGACCUGUUUCUGGAAGAGAAACUCGACCUGAAUUGGGAAGAACAGCGGCGAAAAAUAUUUCAACACUUCGGGUUGACACAUAAAGACGAAAAAGCUAAGGAUGGGAAAAGUGCGUUUGGUCGUUCAGUCCAGAGGACACAGCAGUUCGGUACUGCAUCUGCCCAUGAUCCUGCUUCGGCCUCGCGUCGAAGUGUCUUUGGGCGCUCCGGCUUGGAUAAAUCGGUCAUUGGAAUGCCGGGGACUGGAGCGGCGGGUCUUCAGAUAUUUGAAGAUUCAAUGGAGCGCAAUGAUGGUCCGGGUAGUCACUCUUCUGAUCUUCGUUUCCUGAGGGAGAAGAUGGGGUACUAUGCGGAGAAAGUACAGCUGCUGAAUUCGGCCAGACUCCAAUCUCGGACAUUUCCGAUUCUAUACAACUUCUGUGACGUUGAAAUGCGCGCAGGUGGUGACGUUCCACGGCAAAUGCAUGAUGCGUAUAAUGCCUUAAUCAGUAUUGUUGGGGAGUCACCGGAAGCGAUGAAUAUCUCGGCACCUUCCGCAUUAAGGGAGCGUCAAUUUUCGGCAGACUACUUGAAUGAAACGCCAACCUCACGCAAAGCGACUAAUCUAAAGAAUCGUGUAAUCGAGGGUUCACGGUCAUACCUCGAAAAGCAAUUCUAUAUUGAUGUGGAGGGUGCGAUUGCGAAAAAUCCCCGAGAAGCACAACUCGGCGGCAUCCCAACCGUGGUCAACAAAAUUAGGGCUUAUAUAAGGCUCAGGGCCGCAAGAAGAGACCUAGCCCCUGACGGAACCGAGUUGCAGAUGGUCGGCGAGGAUUAUUGCUGGAUUCUUAUCUUCUAUCUCCUUCGCUGUGGAUUCGUCACGGAAGCAGCAGAGUACGUUAGCCAAGAUCCAGGUUUCCGCUCCUUAGAUCACAAAUUUGUGACAUAUAUGACCACCUAUGCCCAGAACAGGCGGCUGCCGAGGGACCUGCAACAAAAAAUCAACGGAGAGUAUCAACAACGUUCGCGAAAUGCCCCCGAUAACACUGUCGAUCCCUAUCGCAUGGCAUGCUACAAGAUUAUUGGGCGCUGCGAUCUCACUCGUAGACGCUUAGACGGCAUCAACCAACAAGUGGAAGAUUGGAUGUGGCUGCAAUUCACCCUAGCCAGAGAAGAUGAUCGCGCGGAGGAGGUUGCAGGUGAUGUGUUCGGGCUUGAAGACAUCCAGACCGAUAUCACAGAAAUUGGGCAGAAGGUCUUCAGCAAAGGUCAAGACAGCCAGGGUGGUUACGGAACCUUUUUCCUCUUGCAGAUUUUAGGAGGCAUGUUUGAGCAAGCUAUCUCAUAUCUUGUGUCUUAUGCUCCAGUUAGUGCAGUGCACUUUGCCAUCGCUUUGGCAUACUAUGGUCUACUUCGCGUGUCGGAUUUCUAUACUUCGGGCGAAGGAUUGUUGUCGUACACUGUCAAACAAUACCCACAGAUUAAUUUCGCCUUUCUCAUCACACAUUAUACGAAGCAUUUCCGCACAGCAUAUGUUGAGGCAGCGAUCGAUUAUUUCUCUUUACUGUGCCUCAAUGCCGACUUGCCCGGUUCCUUGGGUAAAUCUCAAGCAGCUGUGUGUCACGAGGCUUUGCGAGAAUACAUUCUGGAAACCAGAGAUUUUGCUAAGCUGUUGGGUGAUGUACGUUGUGACGGAAGUAGGAUCAAAGGUUUGAUCGAACAGCGAAUCAGCUUGAUCCAACUUGUGGACCAAGAAGAGUUCCUGAAGACAAUAACCGUACAAGCAGCGGCUAUUGCUGACGACAAGGGGCUGACCACUGAUGCGGUUCUCUUAUACCACCUUGCCGAAGACUACGAUCGCGUCAUCGAAAUCAUAAACCGAGCUCUUUCCGAUGCUGUCGCUAUAGAUCUAGGAGGGCCAAUGUUGAAGUUGCAACCAUUGAGACCCCGGGCUAAUUUGCAUAGUGAUAGUCAUGGUUCAACCCAGGGGUCUCCGCUCGAACCCGGGAGUAGUCUCAGUCUAACUGCUGUGGAAGAUCCGGUUGUUUUGGCCAAGAACAUGAUCGGUCUAUACAACGCCAAUGCUUUAUACUACCAACGAAUCCGACAAGUCAACCGUGACUCCUGCGGGUUGUUACUUCGGAUGAUGGAGGCGAAGGCAGAAGUUGAAGCGGGAAACUGGACUCCUGCCCUUGAUGCUAUCAAUGACCUUAACCUGCUUCCGCUACGGGCAAGAGGCUCUGUUCCCUACGUACGAAGUGCUGCACAAGCUUUCUCGUCGUUCCCUGCCAUAAUAUCCCACAAUGUUGGUCAUAUCAUUAUGUGGAGCAUCACUUGCAUCGGCCACGAACGUGACCGUCUUGGCUCUAGUGCAUACGAGAAUGAGAUCAGACAGGGAUUAGCCGACGAGCUGCUUGUCAUGGCCAAAGACUUGAUGGUAUUUUCCGGAAUGGUCAAAUAUAAGCUCCCGCCUAAAGUGUACGAAACACUUGCGCGCGCUGGGGCUGAGAUAGGAGCAUAUUAAGAAGAUGCCCUUCUGCCUAUGGAAUUUCGAUUGCAGGCUUCAGGUUCAGUUGCCCUUUGUUCCUAGGCUUGCCGACUCAGAACACCUCGUAGUUUUCAGCUAGGAUUAGAGACCCCGAAGAUACACAUUGACUUCUGAUAUUGUUUGGUCAGCG